CCAUCAUGUCGCCACUGGAUUUAGUCUUCCUCCUACUCUGUUCCCUGCAACUAAAAUCGGUAGUUACAAGUGACUUAUCCGCCGUGAGCUCGGAAUUUAAGCAAUGUGUUCGUGGAGCUCAGAAGCCAAAGUUAAGUGAAUGUCUGGGCCGGUCUGCUCUGAAUUUCAUCCAACGCUUGGACGAAAGUGAUAACGUUCGGUUUGUGGAGGACUUCGCAACGGUGAAAAGUGAAACUGCCGCAGUCAGAUCUUUGGCAAAUGUCCUGGAUACAGAUCCUGUAGACUUUCGGGGCAUCCUAGAAAAUGCUGGAGCCGUGAUGGGUCAGCGUAGCUUGGAGUGGCACAUGGAUGGAUUGUAUCCGGGUCUCAUGUUCAAAAUUGGACCCACGGCUGAUGCAAAUAGCGUAGCAGAAUUUGUUUUAGAUGGAGCUGGCCAAGGAGAGAGGCAAUUUGGUUUCGAGGAACCAACCACGGGCCGUCUGCUGGCUAAACAGUACCUACUUCCAUUCCUACUCGGCCUAAAGUUUAAUCUAGUGGCCCUCGUUCCCCUGUUAUUCGCUGGAAUUUGUUUGCUUCUCAAAAAGUCGCUAUUUCUUGUCAAACUGGCAGUCUAUGUGAGCAGUUUCCUGGGACUUGGAGGAGUUUUUGGAUCUUUGGGCGGGCUGGGCGGCUUGGGCGGAGGAUUUGGAGGCGGUAAUUUUGCCAGCUUUGGUGGUUCGAACUUUGGCUUUGGUGGCGGUUUUCCCGGGCCCCACCGACCAGUAGGUCACUUUCCGGGGAAAACCACCGUAUUUGGCCAUGGUGAUGAGCUACACCACCAGUAUGAUGUUCACGAGGCAUCUCCAUACCGGCGCACCGAGCGGAAAGUUCGAUUUGAGCAACCACGAGCCGCAGAGUUACCUGCCCAAGCACCACCCACUAUGGGCCACCCGCCUAUUAAGCCACCCACCGAAGACCGUUUCUAUGACUUUGAAAACCAGCGAAGGCCCAGCAACAAGUUAUUGACAGCCAGUUUGGAGCAGGAGGGUGGCCUUCUGAUGCGAAACUUUCAGGAUGCCAGUGGCAUGAAAGGCUGGCAGGCAGUUGACGUGAGAUCUUUGUAA